UUUGCGCAGAUUGACUUGGAGCCGGAGGGGAAGGUCUACGUGGUCAUCGAUCUGUCUGGAUCCACCACUGAGGCCUCAGGGACAAACGAGAAUGAGGAGAGGGUUUUCCGCGAGAGGAUCGGUCCUCGCCAGCGACAAGGAGCCGUCCGAAGACGCGUCCAUCAAGUCAAUGGACACAAGUUCAUGGCCACCUACCUGAGGCAACCAACCUACUGCUCACAUUGCAGAGAUUUUAUCUGGGGUGUGCUGGGAAAGCAGGGAUACCAGUGUCAGAUAUGUACCUGUGUUGUCCAUAAGCGCUGCCAUCUGCUCAUCAUCACCACGUGCGCUGGGAUGAAGAAGCAAGAUGAAACAGCCGAGGAGGUGGGCUCAAGGGGGUUCAGUGUUAACAUUCCCCACAAGUUCAGUAUCCACAACUACAAGGUGCCUACCUUCUGUGACCACUGUGGCUCUCUGCUGUGGGGCCUCAUGAGGCAGGGCCUGCAGUGUAAAGCGUGCAAGAUGAACGUGCACCGGCGCUGUGAAAAGAAUGUAGCUCCUAAUUGUGGGGUGGACGCCCGAGGAAUCGCCAAGGUGCUGGCUGACAUGGGAGUCACACCUGAAAAAAUCUCUAACACAGCACAGCGCAGGAGGAAGUUGACCUCAGGGCAGGACGCUCCCCAGUCUCCGCCUGAGCUCUCUCAGACGGAGGACAACAGCUUCAGCCAGCCAGCUGUCCCCACCUCCCCCUCAGAGCAAGACUUGGCAGAGCUAACGCGCCUGCAGCAAUCGCUGUCGCUCGACGAGCAGAGACCCCAUCUCACAUCUUCCUCCCCCACUCACUCCUCUUCCUCGACCACUCACUCCUCUUCCUCGACCUCCUUCACGGCGGCCAGGGAGAAUGGACAGACCCAGAGGAGGACUCUGGAGGACUUUAACUUUAUCAAAGUCCUCGGCAAAGGCAGCUUUGGCAAGGUGAUGUUGGCGGAGCUGAAGGGGGCAGAUGACGUUUAUGCCGUCAAAGUUUUGAAGAAAGAUGUGAUCCUUCAGGACGACGACGUAGACUGCACCAUGACAGAAAAGCGCAUCCUGGCCCUUGCCCGCCGCCACCCCUACCUCACCCAGCUCUACUGCUGCUUCCAGACGCGGGAUCGUUUAUUCUUUGUGAUGGAGUAUGUGAACGGAGGAGACCUGAUGUUCCAGAUUCAGAGAUCCAGGAAGUUUGAUGAGCCUCGCUCGCGUUUCUACGCCGCCGAAGUCACGUCUGCUCUAAUGUUUUUACAUAGGAAUGGAGUCAUCUACCGGGACCUGAAGUUGGAUAACAUCCUGCUAGAUGCAGAGGGACACUGCAAGCUGGCAGACUUCGGUAUGUGCAAGGAGGGCAUCAUGAACGGGGUGACCACCACCACCUUCUGCGGCACACCUGACUACAUUGCUCCUGAGAUCCUGCAGGAACUUGAGUAUGGAGCCUCUGUGGACUGGUGGGCUCUGGGGGUUCUGAUGUACGAGAUGAUGGCCGGCCAGCCGCCGUUUGAGGCCGACAAUGAAGACGACCUGUUUGAGUCGAUUCUCCAUGACGACGUCCUCUAUCCCGUUUGGCUCAGCAAGGAGGCCGUGUCCAUCCUCAAAUCGUUCAUGACGAAGAACCCGGCCAAGCGUCUGGGCUGCGUGGUGAGCCAGGGCUGUGAGGAGGCCAUCAAGACCCACUCCUUCUUCAGGGAAAUCGACUGGGUUCUACUGGAGCAGAGAAAAGUGAAACCACCAUUCAAACCCCGGAUUAAAACCAAGCGAGAUGUGAAUAACUUUGACCAGGACUUCACCAAGGAGGACCCGGUGCUGACGCCGACCAACGAGGCCAUCAUCCAACAGAUCAACCAGGACGAGUUCAAGGACUUCUCCUACUGCGCCCCGGAGGAGCUGCAGACCUAACACAUACACACACACACACAYRCAYACACACVCACRCACACACACACACACACACACACACACACACACACACACACACACACACACUUAUCAGACAACAGUAACGCCUGGCAUGCUUACACUCAGCAGAACCAGAACACACUCUCUCACUCAUUCGCACUGUCAAUCUUUUCCUUUUAAAGCUCUUGGUUGAUGUUACUUUUAUGGAGCAUUAUUUACUUGCAUUGUGUCGUUCUUGUUGCCUGGGUUUUAUUAUGAAUAUGACUAUGACAAUAAAUAUGAACACGCGCACCGCUCUCACACAAAUGCACUCUGUUUAGACACAUGGAUAAACUCACACUGCUUCUCUAACCAGCACCAGCUCUCUCUCUCACUCACACACGCACGCACACAAACACGCACACACACACACACACACACACAGAGCGGCGGUGCGAAGGCUUGUACAUAGCCUGUGUCGAGUGGCUGUAUCGUGUCGGUAUCGUCUGCUAUUAAAGGGGGCGUCGUUGCGCAUGGACAAGCACCCUUCCUGUGUUAUUACUGUCCUUAUUGUGGACCAGUUAGGGCCAAACACCCUUUUGUGCAAUACCAUGACUAUCUAUAUAUUUUAUUGUUUGUUUGUUUUUUUUUCUUUAAAAAUGUUUUGUUCUGUUGGAUUUUGGGUGAAAUUGCUUUGACUAUCACACUCACUGUCCUCCUGUAUUACGUACGGCGCCUUGCAGAAUCAUUCAUACCCUUUUUUUUUUAACUUAUUCACGUUUAUUUUCAGGUGACAACCAUAAAUAUUGAUGUGGUUUAUGUUGAUUUUCUGUGAUAAACCAACACAACAUGAAUCCAUAAAUGUAAAUUGGAAGGAGGAUGACAAAUAGCACAUUUGCACAUUUAGAGGCUGACAAUUUCCUUCGUUUUUCUUUGCAGAAUUGCUCAAGCUAAUUUCUAUUACUGAGAGAAUGUCUUCAAGUCUUGCUAUAGAUUCUCAUUUAAUUUUAGGUCUGGACUUUAACUAGGCCAUUCCAAGACACGAAUAGGCUUCAAUCUAAACCAGUGCAGCUUUGGCUGUAUCUUUAGAGCCGUCUUGCUGCUGGAAUAUAAAGUAUUUUACAGCCUCAAGCUGUUUUUUUUCAAGUAUUUUUAUCUCCAUCCAAUGCAUUGCCACAGAAUUAUGCUGCCACCACUAUGUUUUAUGAUGGAGGUGUUGUUUUCAGUGUGAUGUGCAGGAGGAAAAUAUCAAAAAGGAACAUUUUGGGCACAGAUUGCUGUCUACGUGGUUUGUAGUGAUAGUAAAAACCACAAACAGAAAUUCUUCUGCCUAUUGUUCAACAAUGGCUUCCUUCUUGCCCUAAACGUGGUUUCUACUUUUUGGAAACUUCUUGGAAUACUCUACUUUGUUUAGCCGUAAAGGGGGAUGACUUUUCUGAUUUUUAUCUGUCAAAUAUUGUGAAAGUGAUUUAUAAUUUGCUUCUACUUUGCAGUGAUGCAGCUUUGUGCUGGUCUGUCGCUUAAAAUCCCAUUGAAAUACGUUUGAAAUUGUUGUGAAAUGACAAAGAAAUAUGGAAACCUACCAGGGGCGUGGAUGCUUUUUCCAAGGCGCUGUAUGUACAGUGAAUGUUACAGGCUAUCGAACUAAUUAUGUGGAGCAGAGUGUUACAGGCGGCCUGUGUAGCAUUAAAAAAAAUACUCCGGUGUCCAACUGUUUCAUCCGUCUGUUAAGUUUCAGAGACCUGCCGGCCGGUGUGAAUGUGUUGGCCCGUUUCUUUCUUUCUUUUCUUCAAGUAUUGUGAAUGUACAUUUUUGUGUGCAUGAAUGUGUGAACUUUAAUCUCCUCCACGUCGUGCUCAACUUUUUGUUUUCUGCAUUUCUGUAUCUAUAGCAACCACCAAUGUUUUGCCCAUCUUCCCUUUUGGCAAUUCCUCUUUUCCCUGCUUCUCUUUGUCCCUUUCAGCCAAAAACUGCUCUCACUUUUGCUUUAUUAUUAUUAUUUUUGUUUUUCAAAAUGGCUUUUCUUUCUUAUUGCUGUCUUUUUUAAUUAUUAUAUUAAUUAUUAUUAUUAUUAUUAUUAUUAUUGUAAAGUGUAUCUGGAGGAUGAAAAACCUUUAUGUGUAAAACUAUAACUAUACCAUUAUAGGUCUGUUACAGCCGGUUGUUAGGAAACUUGGUGAACCAGCAGCUGAAUUACCUCUCACUUCAAACACGCAGCACUCACUGACUCUCCCCUUUGCUCACCCUCUCUUCCUCCUCCUCCUCCCCUUCACUGUCUCUCUUUCUCUGAACCACACACGCACACACAAAGAGGGACGGUUUGUCGCGUUUCUUGUACAGCGAUCUGAAGACGGGCCGGUUUGCUUGUCUGUGCAGUAGAGUCGGUGUGUAGUGAUGCUUUGUGCACCCAGGGGUAUGGCUGUUCCUGGUCACUCUUAUCUUUUACUCUGUGCCAAAAAUGUAGUGCAACAGCCGGGCUAGUCCCCCGUCUGGUCUGAUUCCAAUAAAACACUGAGCUGUCUACAUCCA